AGGACAGUCACUGACCUGACCUGACAGUGACAGUUAAACAUUUGGUGGUUUGUUUAUAUUUGUCGUGUGUUACAAAGUAAAGUGGGUUAUUAAAAAUUUGAACGUUUUGUUCAUUUAUAACUGGCAUGAGGAACAUAACUGGACAUAAAAUAUAAAACAGUACUUAAGUAUUUUAGAACUUACAAUAUGAGUGGUUUUUACAUUUCCGUCAUAGGAAGAAUAGAAAAAGCAGAGUUUCCCAAUUUUGAUAAUCUAUAUUGUAAAUAUUGUUUUAACUAUGGACCUGAUUGGGAAGUAACUUCGGGCUCUGAAGAAGGAAUAUCUCAGAUCGGACAGAAAUGUCUUGAUGAGCGUGAGCUUAUUGUUUGGAACUAUCCUUUAGAAUUGACAUUCAAGAGUAGCAAUCCUUUUGGAUGGCCUCAGAUCAUACUGAGUGUUUACGGUCCAGACGUGUUCGGAAAUGAUGUCCCACGGGGCUAUGGUGUGUGCCAUGUUCCUAUUGCAGCUGGACAAUAUCACAAGAGUGUAGCUAUGUGUGUACCUGAGUCCAGCUCCGUACUACAGAGAGUGACGUCAUGGCUGACGGGCCGUAGACCAGAGUAUAUUGACCCACGCAUCUUAGCACAAGGAGAUGGUAGAGAAGUGACAAGAGUACGAAGCCAGGGGAGAGUGUACAUGUCGUUCAGUGUCAUCACCAAGGACUUCCACGUCCAUAACUUGAACAAUGUGCAACGCCCAAUUGUGACCAGUGGUGCUCUAGCCAGUGCCAUUGGCAACCUCAACAUAUCAUAACACUAACAUGUCACAUUUAAUAAUUCUGUUUUAAUUUAUUUUGUUUAUACCUUUGCUAGUUUUUAUAUUUCCUUGUUUUGUGUAUAUAUUUUGUUGUGUCUACAUACAACACAAAAGAUUUAUAGAAAUACACAUUGGGAUUUUCCUGAAGAACAAAUUCUAAAGAGCUUCAUUAUGAUUUAUACAUUGAUAAUUGUUUCUGUACGUAGCUAUAAUAUUAAGUAAAAAAUGAUAAUUGUACUCGUAAUAAUGUGUCUUGACCUCACAAAGUGCUGAAUAUGUUCAAAUCUCUUUACUGAAGUGAAUAUAAAAGUAUAAUUCAGUGCCUUUUGAAUUUAUAAUAAUUAUAAAGUUGUUAUUUUAUUGAAGUUCAUUAAAGACAUUAGCAUUUUUAGGCAAAGUUAGGACUUUUAAAGUUCUCUCACAGAUAUACAAGGGUGGUUUGAUAAGUUCAUAACUUUUUGAAUUUCCUGUGUAGUAACUUUAAAUGCAACAGUGCUGCAGU